UGCGGAGCGGACCUAAGCGCUUCGAGAUACGAAAUACGAGAUACGAGAACCGAUUCGUGACAACCGACCGAAAGACACGGGGAGUAGCAAAAUUGCUACGUUUGUGGUUUGGCAGAGUCUUUUGAUUUUUCAUUUCGUUUGUUUUUCGGCUACCCGCGGCUAAACUUGAAAUUAAAGCUGAUUCGGCGAAGCCAGAUACAAGGUACAUAUGCAGAUGUGAGCUCAGCGUUGAGCGGCGAAUAAGCAACAGUGAAGUGAUAUAAAAGUGGCGAGAUAACUCGCGAUCCCACGUCGAGAUACUUUAUUUAUAUUGUCCUGGAUUAAAUAUAUCUAAAAACAUCUCGAUUGUGGCAGUCAACAUGUCGUGCUAAGCUGCGACUGCUGCAGCUUAACUCCUGCUACAUCCCGGACCACAGAUCAGAUCGACGGCACUCCCACGGACAGAAGAUGAUGGACAAGGCGACAAGCUCCUCCGUGUCGGUGUCCACCUCCUGCUGCAGUUCAAACGCCACAAAUGCGGACCUGGACUACGACGUUCCCGUCUCGCGCCGCAUCCUCAUUAAAUCGAAACUUUAUGCCAAGGCUAUUUACGAUAAUUAUGCAGACACGGCGGACGAACUGCCUUUCAAGAAGGGCGACAUCCUCACCGUCAUCGAACAGGACACGGACGGUAUCCAGGGGUGGUGGCUCUGCUCCCUCCGCAACCGACAGGGUCUUUGCCCGGGCAACCGGUUGCGCGUCUUGAAUUCGUACGACUCUGGAUGUUUCUCUCCGUCGCCGGCCAGCUCCCCGAGUCCGUCCCUGGCGGCCAGUACUGCCACGUUGAACAGCUCCAUAUGCUCGGCGGAGAUCUACGAGAACGGUUCCAUCAUCAGUGAAGUCUCGUCCUCGAACUCCAACUCGGGUGGAGUGAUUUGCGGAGCUGGAGCGGAGUCAACGACGGCGUUGCGGGGCACGAGAAGAUCGUGGCACGUCUCGCCGAACAAGGUAAUUACUCCGCAGAGACACGGUGAUGUAUACAUCUACAACUGCUCCCCAAACUCAACGAAUAGAUCUGGGACAGUAGCAGCGCCCAGCACGCCGCACCAGCAGCAAAUCUACAGCAACCAAAGCAUCUACCAGAACCUAGCCAUGAUGUCCAGUCCCCACCAGAACGGGAGUGGCAGCGAGUUCGAGACUUACGACAUACCCAAACCGGCCACGCCCGUGCCGCUGAACUACGACGGUCCCAGGAGCGGUCUACCAAGGACUCCCACAUCCAACUCCAGUCUGGGGGCCCGCUUUGAGUCGCUUAAGAGUGUAGCCGCAUCUAUCGAAGAGGAAUCGUACGAUGUGCCUCGGCCCCUGAUCUCUGGCAGCAGCCUGGUCCAACAGCAAAUUUCCCAAAUGACGCCAAGCAGCUCCGUCUCCUCUCUGCUAACCAGCGAUAGUUUUUCGUUGAGUUUGUCCAGCUCAAACCGUUCCUCACUGGCCAUGCCCGACUACGACGUCCCACGCCGAAAUCCACUUCCUGUGCGCCGACAGCAGUCCGGGCUAACCUACGACUUUCCUCUACCACCGUUGCAAGAGCAAGAGCAGCGACUGGUCCCCACAACCGCCACCGUCACCAAAGAACUGCCGCUAGAACUGACUUCGGCACUAGAAACACUCGCCAAGCUCCAGUCGCAGACGACGGCCGCCAUCAACCGGCUGCUUAGCUUCGUAGUUCCCAACUGGCGCACACGAGCCCAACUGGAACCAGCAAUAAUGGAGUUAAAGCUGGCCGCUCUUCGCCUGCGCACCGCACUACACGAUCUGGCCGAGUUUGGGGAGGGUGCCCUGGGCAAUGCCACCCGAUCCGAAGAUCGCAACCUGGCCCUUAAACUGCGACCUUUGGUACGGGCUUUGCGGGAUGCCAACAAACUGAUUCACGACUCUUCCGAAUCCCUUGAUGCCCAGGGUGGUUGGUCUGUGGAACAGCUGGCUCGAAGUGAUGACAAACACAGCUGUCGUCCGCCAGACGCGCUGGACCAAUUAAUGGCAUGUGCCCAGACGCUCACCGAGGACGUGCGCUCCACCACCAGCUUCAUCCAGGGAAACGCCUCCCUGCUUUUUAAGCGACAGAUAGUCACAGAUCAGAAUGGAGGUGCUGCGACCACAGCAAUCGAAGGCAGUCGGGGAAGCGCCGAGUGGCUGGAAGACUAUGACUACGUAGCCUUCGAGUCUAAGGACGCUGCCGCCAAGAAGAACCAGGCGUUGCGUGAGGCCAUUCCCGCCAGCCUAAAAACGAAGUUCGACUCGGUUAUUCGCACAGCCGAAAGCUCAGCCAUUAUCGUCGGUUCCGAAUCGAUACCGACCACACCCACGGCGCCAAUGACGCCCUACAAGUCACCGGAGAUGACUGACAAAGACAAAAAGCUGGUGCGCUACUACGCUCAGCAGAUCUCCACGCACAUGGGCAACCUUUUGCAGGCCAUCGACUCGUUCCUGGAGACGGUUGAAAAAAACCAGCCUCCCAAGUUCUUCAUUGCCUACGGGAAGUUUGUUGUCGUAAGCGCCCACAACCUAGUGACCAUCGGCGACAACGUGUAUCGCAACAUCUCCAAAGAAGCGCUACGAGAGAAAAUCCUGCGCUGUACAAACUCCCUCUCUGACGCACUGAAGACCUGUGUCUCCAAGUCAAAGAAGGCCGCGGCGCACUUCCCCAGCGGAAGUGCGGUUCAGGAAAUGGUUGACUCGGUAGUAAACAUCAACAACCUGGCCCGAGAACUAAAGGCGGUCAUGCUACAGGCGGUUCAACUGUCCACGGCGGCGGGAGUUGGCGCCUGAAGAGAUUACCUACCUAUCCGGGGUAGUAUUAAACCCAUCCGAUCGAUCCCAAGCCCAGUAUUAGCUGAGAGGAGUGCAGCCAAGUCUUCCGACUUUGUCCAUUUUUUUUGCUGAUAUACCACAUACAUAUGUAUAUCGAAAAUUGGCAUAUCCUGAUCCCCAACACGCAGCGCCGAUUGUCGUUGAAACUCUGCAUUGUGAUAUUUUAAAACAAAACAUCUGAAAAUGCACAGCACCGCAGUUAUGAUCGACCGAUCCCGCCUAAGGGAGUUCGUCCUCCAGGCUAGCCUAAGUUUCCAUUCUGUACAUACAUAGUAUGCCCUACCAGCCCCCAGACUAUUGUAAAUUAGCGUAUUUCCUUUCUUCCCGCCACGCGCACAAGCAAUGUUGUAUCAGUGAAGCAUUUCAGCAUAGUUUUGUACUUUCUAGGAUUAGUCGUAGCACAUAACCAUUUGCUUAGAUUACGCACGCAUAUAUAGUACUUGCAUAGUCAGAAUCUAAAAGAUUUACACUUAUCAUUUUUCAUUGCGCCGCGGCUCGAUAGUCAGUAAUAUACGAAAAUACACGCAGUCAUAAACUACCAACUAAGCUGUAUGUAAUAUGAACAAAAUUGGUGGAACAUGUCACCUCAAGACCAGCCCCAAAGCAUACUAUACACUUAAAAUAAAUAUACAAUAAACCUAA